AUGCAAGAUUCUGACCCCAAACAGCCUGGCUUCUUCAUCAAACCCUCACCCAAAAACCCGAAUUACAAAUCCACCAUUAACAAAAACCCGGUUUUGGACGAAUCUGAAAUCUCAGAUUCGUUUAAGAAAGGCUUACUUAAUGAGCUCAUUGAGCCAGAAAACGGUGACAAUCUUGAAAACCCAAAUCCAAGGUUGUCUGAAAAACUUAUUGUUUGUGCUAGAUGCUAUUCACUCCGACAUCAUGGGAAGGUAAAAGAUCCAACAGUGGAGAAUUUGUUGCCGGCAUUUGAUUUUGAUUAUACAGUUGGAAGGAGGUUGAAUUCAAUAACCCGGGCGAGGACGGUGGUUUUGAUGGUUGUUGAUGCUUCAGACUUUGAUGGGUCUUUCCCAAGGGUGGUUGCCAGGUUGGUUUCUAAGACAAUUGAUGACAAUUUGCGAGGGUGGAAGGAGGGAAAAUCGGGUAAUGUCCCAAGAAUAGUGUUGGUUGUAACAAAGAUUGACUUACUACCAAGCUCAUUGUCACCUACUAGGUUGGAACAUUGGGUUAGAACGAGGGCGAGGGAGGGUGGGGCAAGUAAAUUGACUAGUGUGCAUUUGGUGAGUGCAGUGAGAGAUUGGGGUCUGAAGAAUUUGGUUGAUGAUGUGGUGGGAUUGGCAGGGCCGAGAGGUCAUGUAUGGGUGGUUGGGGUGCAGAAUGCAGGGAAGAGUACUUUAAUAAAUGCAAUAGGGAAGUCUGUUGGGGGGAAGGUUACUCAUUUGACUGAGGCACCGGUUCCUGGGACAACGUUGGGAAUUGUGAGGGUGGAGGGGGUUCUUCCGGGUAAUGCAAAGUUGUUUGAUACACCGGGGCUUUUGCAUCCACAUCAGAUUUCAACUAGGUUGGUUAGAGAGGAGCAGAAAUUAGUUCACAUAGGCCAUGAGUUGAAAGCGAGGACAUAUAGGAUCAAGGUAGGUCAUUCAGUUCAUAUUGGUGGGCUUAUGAGGGUGGAUAUCGAAGAAUCAUCGGUGGAUUCUAUUUAUGUUACUGUGUGGGCGUCUCUUUCUCUCCCGUUACACAUGGGGAAGACAGAGAAUGCAUGCACAAUGUUGGAAGAUCAUUUUGGUCGCCAACUACAGGUAUAA